AUCGCGUUGUGCAAAAGCUAGAAAACGUGACCUCUCUGGCUCGCUCUCCACUACAGUAUUUAAGCAAUUACUGAAAUAAAGGGCAAGUCAAUUUGCAACGAAACACAGCAGAGACGACCCAUCAUCACCUUCAGUCAAUUUGCAACUUCUCUCUUCUUUUCUCUUCUCUCUGAAUCUUUCGCUCUCCCCAGAAACAACGUGAGACGAACAGAAUGUGUUCUUCAGAAGGAGAUUGCAGGCCUUUGGGUUUCCUACUCGGCCUUCCCUUUGCUUUUCUCUCCCUCCUCCUCUCCGUCGUCGGCAUCGUCAUCUGGAUCGUCGGAUUGUUGCUGACAUGCAUCUGCCCCUGCUGCUUGUGCGUGACGGUGAUAGUGGAGCUGGCUCUGGAGUUGGUCAAGGCCCCAAUUCAUGUCAUGGAGUGGUUCACCUCUCAAAUCCCCUGUUAAUCUCAUCCUCAUGGUUAUGCAAAUACCUUGGCUCUAUUUUCUUUUCCAAAUUUUAUAGCCUUAUGGGGUUUCCAUGUUCAUUAGCUUGGCUUGUCUCUCUGUAUAAUGUUUAGGAGAUGCUGAUAUGAUAGGUUUGCCGAUUGCAAUUUCUCAUUUGAGUUCUAAGUUCUCAACUAUUGUUACUACGAGGCUUUGCACUUGCUAGUUUGCCCCCACCCCCCAAUGGUAACUAGUACUCUGUUGAGAUGUUAUAUUUUAUAUUUUGGAACGUAACUUAGCAUGUUUAUACUAUAGAAAAAGAACUAAAACGUUACAUUGGAGAAUUGGGAUUAAUCU